AUGGACGAUGAGUUGAAUUCAACAUAUAUAACUCUUGGUGGGCAUGUGGAAGUUAAGAAAUACAGAUAUGUUUAUUUUUUGGUUAUAUUCACAGUAUAUAUUCUAAUAAUAUGCAGUAAUUCUACUAUUCUGUACCUUAUCUUUAUACACAAGAAUCUCCAUGAGCCUAUGUACAUUUUCAUUGCAGCUUUAUUACUGAACUCGGUUGUUUUAAGCACUGCUAUUUACCCAAAGCUUUUGGUUGACAUUUUAUCUGAAAAACAGAUCAUAUCAUAUUCAGCCUGUCUCUUUCAAUUUUAUAUAGUUUAUGCUGUAGCCAGUUCAGAAUUCUUCCUGUUGUCAGCCAUGGCCUAUGACAGGUAUGUGUCUAUAUGUAAACCUCUGCAAUAUCCAACUAUCAUGACAAAAAACACGGUGAGUAUUUUCCUGUUUUUUGCUUGGCUUCUGCCUGCUUGUCAUACUGUACUCCCAAUAAUACUGAGUGCUGAAACUAAACUGUGUAGCUUAACUUUAAAAGGAAUAUUUUGUAGCAAUGCAAUUUAUAAACUUCAAUGUGUAAGUUCAAGAGUAAUUACUAUAUAUGGUGUUGUUGGUUUAUUAGAUCUUGCAAUUCUGCCUAUGCUCUUCAUUAUUUUUACAUACACAAAAAUACUUAUAAUAACCCAUCGAAGUUGCAGAGAAGUCAGGAAAAAAGCAGCAGAGACCUGUUUACCUCACCUGUUGGUUUUAAUCAGCUUUUCCUGUUUGUGUGCAUAUGAUAUCGCGAUAGCUCGACUGGGAUCUAAUUUUCCAACAAUUGUGAAUUCCAUAAUGACAUUACAAAUGGCUUUGUAUCAUCCUCUCUUUAAUCCAAUUAUAUACGGACUAAAAAUGAAAGAAAUCUCUAAACACCUGAAGAGGUUGUUCUGUCAAGCCAAACUGGUCUAA